GAAUUAAACUUUUUUUUUUUGUCGGAAUUAAAAUCAAUAAUGGCUUUGAAGUCUAGUUCUGCUGAUGGUAAAACCAGAAGCUCUGUUCAGAUCUUCAUUGUGUUUAGUUUAUGUUGCUUCUUUUACAUUCUUGGAGCAUGGCAACGAAGUGGUUUUGGUAAAGGUGACAGUAUUGCUCUUGAGAUGACUAACAGUGGAGCUGAUUGCAACAUUGUUCCUAGCUUGAAUUUCGAGACUCACCAUGCUGGCGAAUCGAGUAUUGUUGGUGCUUCUGAAGCAGCAAAGGUGAAGGCUUUUGAGCCUUGCGAUGCUCGUUACACGGAUUAUACUCCUUGUCAAGAUCAGAGGCGUGCCAUGACUUUCCCGAGAGAUAGUAUGAUUUACCGAGAAAGGCAUUGCGCUCCUGAGAAAGAGAAACUGCAUUGUCUUAUACCGGCUCCUAAAGGAUAUGUGACACCUUUCUCUUGGCCCAAGAGUCGAGAUUAUGUGCCGUAUGCUAAUGCGCCGUAUAAAGCCUUGACUGUUGAGAAGGCUAUUCAGAACUGGAUUCAGUAUGAGGGCGAUGUUUUUAGAUUCCCUGGCGGUGGAACUCAGUUCCCUCAAGGUGCUGAUAAGUAUAUCGAUCAGCUUGCUUCGGUGAUACCUAUGGAGAACGGAACUGUUAGGACUGCUUUGGACACUGGUUGUGGGGUUGCAAGUUGGGGAGCAUACUUAUGGAGCAGAAAUGUGCGUGCAAUGUCUUUCGCACCAAGAGAUUCACACGAGGCUCAGGUCCAAUUUGCUCUCGAGAGAGGUGUUCCCGCUGUUAUUGGUGUUCUUGGCACCAUAAAGUUGCCAUACCCAACACGUGCUUUCGACAUGGCUCAUUGCUCUCGGUGUUUGAUUCCAUGGGGAGCAAAUGAUGGGAUGUACUUGAUGGAAGUUGACCGUGUGCUUAGACCCGGUGGCUACUGGAUUCUAUCUGGUCCUCCAAUCAACUGGAAAGUCAACUACAAGGCAUGGCAACGUCCCAAGGAGGACCUUCAAGAGGAACAAAGAAAGAUUGAGGAAGCUGCUAAACUUCUUUGUUGGGAGAAAAAGUAUGAACACGGCGAGAUCGCAAUUUGGCAGAAGAGAGUCAAUGAUGAGGCAUGCCGAUCAAGACAAGAUGAUCCUAGAGCCAAUUUCUGCAAAACCGAUGAUAGCGAUGAUGUCUGGUACAAGAAAAUGGAGGCAUGUAUUACGCCGUAUCCGGAGACAAGUAGCUCAGAUGAAGUAGCUGGUGGUGAGCUUCAGGUUUUCCCUGAUAGGCUCAACGCAGUGCCGCCCAGGAUCUCUAGCGGUUCGAUCUCUGGUGUUACUGUUGAUGCAUAUGAAGACGAUAACCGACAGUGGAAAAAACAUGUGAAAGCCUACAAGAGAAUCAACAGUCUACUUGACACAGGAAGGUACCGUAACAUCAUGGACAUGAACGCAGGGUUUGGUGGAUUUGCUGCUGGUCUCGAAUCCCAAAAGCUUUGGGUUAUGAAUGUUGUUCCCACAAUUGCCGAAAAGAAUAGACUUGGAGUUGUAUAUGAACGAGGACUCAUCGGUAUCUACCAUGACUGGUGUGAGGCUUUCUCUACAUACCCAAGAACAUAUGACCUGAUCCAUGCGAACCACCUCUUCAGUCUGUACAAGAACAAGUGCAAUGCGGAUGACAUUCUUCUGGAGAUGGAUCGAAUUCUCCGACCAGAAGGAGCUGUUAUAAUCCGAGACGAUGUGGAUACAUUGAUCAAAGUGAAGAGAAUCAUCGCUGGAAUGAGAUGGGAUUCGAAGCUUGUCGAUCACGAGGAUGGUCCUUUAGUUCCUGAGAAGGUUUUGAUUGCUGUGAAGCAGUAUUGGGUCACCAACUCCACCUUGACCCACUGAAGUUACUUUAUUUCUGGUGUGACCUGACAUUUUGAUCAAAUGAUAGAGCUUUCGUCCUUAGGGAAUGUGAGAGAGCUGCAAUCUCGUCUUUAAACACUUUUUGAAGUAUCUAUUUAUUAAUGUAAUAGUUUAUAUUUGUUUCCUAAUCCAAAAAACUUGGAACUUUGUG